AUGGAGAUGGAGGAUCCGAAUCGCCUUCUUCGACCGUCUCAAUUCGAGUUCCAGCUGCUGCACUCUCAUUCACAGACUCAGAAUCAUCAGAACCAUCCGAGCUAUCUGCUUCCGUCUUUGCUUUCCUCUCAACGUCUUCUUCCCCACUCAUUUCCUGCUUUCGCUCCUUCCAUCGACUCCGGCCACCACCGCCUCUCCGAUAGCGCUUUUGCUUCUCACGCGGACGCCCAUUCUGCUUUUGCUAAGCUGGCGUUGAGACCAAAGAAGGAAAUAGAUGAUGUGGCUCAGAUUGGUGGGCAUGAAGCUGCUGCUGGAACGAGCAAGGUACUUCAUGAUCCGUCGUUAUCUAUUCCACAGUCCUGCACGGGUAGAAAACAUAACCCUAAGUUAAAGGUUCCUAAGCAUACAAAAGCUGGGACUCAAAGAUCAACUGCGGAUUCUCAUAAUGGUCUGAAUCCAGCUAUUGGUUGCCGCUAUGACAGCUCUUUAGGCUUGUUAACCAAGAAAUUUGUUAGUUUAAUUCAGGAGGCCAAGGAUAGAACCCUUGAUUUGAACAAAACAGCAGAGGUGUUGGAGGUUCAAAAGCGGAGGAUAUAUGAUAUUACGAACGUUCUUGAAGGAAUAAAUUUGAUAGAGAAAACUUCAAAGAAUCAUAUACGCUGGAAGUGUUAUGAUGGGUCAACACCAGGGGAGCUAGAUGAUCAAGUUUCUAGAAUACAGAAUGAAGUUGAAAGUUUAUAUGCUGAAGAAUGCAGGCUUGAUGAUGCUAUAAGGUUCCUAUUUUUGACGGAGGAAGAUAUUUUGAGCCUUCGUUGCUUCCAGAAUCAAACACUUAUUGCAAUAAAAGCUCCCCAAGCUAGUUAUAUUGAAGUUAUUGAUCCUGAUGAUGAGGAGGAUACUUGUUUUCCCCAAAAUCAGUUUAGAAUGAUUGUCAGAAGCACUAUAGGACCUAUACAUUUGUACCUCUUGAGCAAAUACCAAGGGCAACGUGAGAAUAUUGCUGUUAAGCAAGCUAAAUCAGUGGGUUCAUCUUCUUGGAAUAGUAGUGAUUAUUCCAGAGUGGAAGACGGAGGGCUUUCUUCAUACCAUCAGGGUAAUAAAAAGGACAGUUCUGAAAUUCUCAGCUUACCAGGCUCGGAGGCAUCUUCUGGGAUUCAGAAGAUUAUUCCUUCACACUUCAAUGCCAAUGAUGAUUAUUGGUUUAGAUCAGAGCCUGAAGUCAGCCUGACAGAUCUGUGGGGUUAG